AAUUUUUCGUAUUACGUCUAAGAACAUUACAUCGACUUGAAGACAUCUUGUCGAAUAUAUAUGACGAUUAAAUCGUUAUCCUAGAGUUCAAGUCAGGCGAAAAAUAAACUUUUCAAAUGUAUAUACGUAAUAUAUAUACAUAUAUAUAUAUUGCAACAUUACGAUUUUGAAGGUUACGAAAAAUAUGUGAUUUACGAGACAUCUAGCGGCAAAUUGGGUGAAGUUACCACUAUAUUUGUAAGGUUGUUAACUUGAAGCGUAUGCGACUUCAGCGACAGAUAUGGACAAAAUAUAAACUGUAAGUGAAUAUAACGCUAUCCUCACCUACAGCUCCUAUAGUAUCGGUAUAUAUAAGAUGCGUAGAUAUGUUCUUGCACAUAACCUAACAUUCGAGUUAACGUUCGAAUAGAAAUUUGUAUAUGUAGUAAAAAUAUUAGUACAUUUAACAAAAAUAAGUGAAAAACAUAUGCAGAUUAUAUUUCUUUGAAAAUAAAUUACUUGAAAAAUGUUUGUUAAUUGUACAUAGUUUAUAUUUACACAAUUAAACACGUUUAUAUUAACACAAUUUAACAUUUUAAUCUAUGAUAUAUUUUCCUCCGCUAUCUACAAUAUCUCGUCAUCUUUCUGGUAGCUUUUUUAUUCCAUUGGUGUAAAAAGAUUCUGUUUUUGAAGCAAAAAAACUUUUGAAUUCAUUUUGUAUAUCUUGUUUAGAAUAUACAAUUGGCUUCGGACAGCUCAUGUGGUGCACACUUUCCAAGCUUGCAUACUUUUCCAAUCUUUUUUAAAUGGCGAAAGACUGUCCCAUGAGAUGAAUGCAUCUUUUCUGCGAUCUGAUUCACUGUUAAAUGUGGCUCUGACUCCACAAGAUUUUUAAGAACGUCAUUAUCAAAAUCGAUAGGACAUACUGAACGAGGUUCAUCAUUAAUGUUGCUUUUUCCAAGUUAAAAUUUUUCAAACCAUUUCUGGACAGUCCUUACACUAAUAGUAUGUGCACCAUGUACACUAUUAAUUUUUAUUGCUGCAAAUCUGGCAGUUUCACCACUCGAAAAGAAAAAAUAUAACACAGCAUGUUUAUAUGCGUUAUCGAUAUUCAUUUUUUAUCGGUACUAAUAUAAAUCUGAUCUUUACGAAAUUUGGUGACAAACUGACGAAUACAUCAGUCAAGCGAUGACAAGUUUCGACAGAUUCGGAAUCUUAUCGAUCUGGUAAUGAGAGUUAUUGCGAAUCUCAUACAUGCUACUAAUGCGCACGAACUUUUGGACUGACCUAAUACAUAAGGCCAACUAUUCCGAGAUAAAAAUUUUUAAGUAAUGAAAUUUUAAAUUAUAAGUUUCUCACGUGUUUUCUUUUUUCUAUUCAAGAAAAAUAAAUAUAUUGCUUUCUAUGAUGUCAAGAGAUUGCUUGAACGUGAUUGGCUAAGAGAAAUCUUAUGUUAUUUGGCUAUUCUAGACAUACGUUUUCAGCGCCAUCUAAUCGAGUAAAAUCUUUAAUGAACUAAAUGUCUUCGAACGAGAGGUUAGUUUAACAAAUGUAUGUUGAUGUCGAAGAAAGCCGGUUUAUCUCAUUGAAUAAAGACGUAUUUUUAAUAAGUUAAAUAUAUUUUCACAUGUUACUUCGGAUACGCAAGUUAUACGAACAAAUUCGGAAUAGUCUUUUCAAAUGGAGGACGUAAUCGAUACGAAAGAAAAUUUGGCGCAAUCUAUACGACUUUUAAAUCAAGAGACUGCACAGAGAAAAUCAUUUUUAAGGUUAAGUACAAAGAGUACCACGCCAAAGAGGAUAUCCUUGCAACAAAAUACUCAACCUCGCAAGGAUGAAGAUACAAAUCAACUUAAUGACACACACAGCCCGAGAAUAUCUUCUAGGAAUUAUCUUAAUACAAAGGUAAUGAAGGGUCACAAUUAUUCAGACGUAGAUACAUCUUUGACCGUUGCACCUCAUGAAAUACGUGAUAUAAUGGCAUGUUCAGAAAAAAAUGACAUGACCCUACGGGAGAUCAUGGAAGAUAGUAGUGUAACAGGAAUAAUUUUGAAAGCAAACGAACCAUGGCGUGAGGCUAAUACAAAAUUGUACUAUGAUUUUUUACAAUGCGUCCAAGCACAUCUUUCUGAAUUACAAGUAUUCGAUACCAUUGCAGAUUUUAUACAAAGUUGUACAGACACUUUGGAAAUAAUUAGAGGCAUGCAAGCUAAGGUUGAAAAUACAGUGAUAUCUUCCGAAGAAAUAUCAUUAGAAAAUGAAAGAAAUACUUGGAGACUUAUAUAUUGUCUUUAUCAAAAUAGGAUAAAUACAUCAGAAUUUGAUGCUCAAAUGGAAGAUAAUUCAGAAGUUACUUAUAUCUCGGAAAAAAAUGUAAUAAAUCAUUUAUAUAAAACUGAGAGUCAGACAAGAGAAUAUCAAUUAAUUAUAGAUUGGUUAGAAAAAAAUGCAUUGGAUCAAGCUAAUAGAUCACCAAAUAUAGAAUGUUUUACCGAUAAAACUGUUGCUUGGGAAAAUACAUUAUAUCAAUUGCAAAAUAAAAAUUUGGGAAUGGCUUUUGGAUCUUCUAGACCGUUAGUAUCUUCUAUGGAUCCUGAUGCUCCUAUAAGAGAAGGCAAACCAUUGCAUGAUUUAGAUAGAGAAGAUGAUACUAGACUUGAAAAGCGAAUGUUUAUAGAAGUACGUUGUGGCCGUCUUCAAAAAGCACAAGCUUUAUCUAUUCAUUGUGGUCAACCAUGGAGAGCUGCAUGUUUAUUAGGAUGGAUACCGCAUCAUGAUCCAAAUUAUAACAAUCCUUUGACAGAUACUAAGGUACCUAUUGUAGGUAAUCCUAAUAGAGAUCUUUGGAAGCUAUGUGCUUGGGAACUUUCGCAAGACAAGCGUAUUGGACAGUUUUAUCGUGCCAUUUAUGCUAGUCUUUGUGGCAAUGUUCAACAGUUGCUACAAAUUGCUUUAUCUUGGCAGGAUGCAUUAUGGGGUUACAUGAAGGGUCUUUUGGAUGUUAAAGUUGAAGCAGAAGUGAGAGAUACAAUGCCAAAAAAUUACACAGCCAUGCCUGAAGAAUACUGGAAGAAUAACAUUUCGUUAGAAGAAAUAUUUAAAGAGCUUCAUGCUUCAAAAAAUGAAUUGAUACGUGCUCAAGCUAAUAAACCAGAUCAUCUUAUACAAAAGUAUUUAAUAUUAGAUCAGAUUCCAAAGUUAAUGGAAGAAGUUGAAAGUAUGAUAGAUCUAGGGACCUGUGAUCCACAGUUUUUAAGAUUUUUAGCACAUUUAAUUCUCUUUUUACGACAAAUUGGAAAAAAUACAAAGGAUAAAAUAGGAGAUAAAGUAUUACAGGCGUAUGUAAGAGUACUUAUUAGAAUGGGUGAUCCAAUCUUGAUUGCAUUUUAUACAGCUACUUUACCACAAGAAGAUCAAAUAUCAAAUUAUGCCUCAUAUUUAGAAAAUGUUACGGAUUACGAGCAACGUAAGAGAUGUUUAGCUGCUGCAGAAGAUGCUAAUUUGAAUGUUGAAGCUAUUACAAAGACAGUUGUGGAAAGUAUACGUCAAAAGAAAACAGAGAUCAAAUCAGAUGAUUUAAAAGGUACUAUCACAGAUGCGGACAUGGAGAAGGUUAAUGCUUUGGAUUGGGUUAUUUUCUAUCAGAGCCAACGAGAGGAAGCAUUGUGGCAAACUAAUGCACUGAUAAGAUAUUUUCUUACCAAUGAAAAACUUGAUGCUGCACGGAAAGCUUUCAAUAAAAUUCCACCAGAUUCUAUUGAAUCAGUUAUGGCUGAAUAUCCAACUAUGGAAAGUACGCUUGCGAACCUUACAAUAACUGAUAAUUUAUCAAAAAGGGCAGCGAAUGCUAUUAGAGAAUAUUUAUGUUAUAAAACAUAUCUUGAUGCACAGGAAGGUUUUUCAGAAUGGUUUUCUCAUUUCCAUCAUGGUAAACCAACUCCAUUAGAAGAUCUACCAGCUUAUGCGACAUUUACAGAAAAAGUUGCUUAUGAUCAUAAGAAGGCUCAAUAUAAUACAGAAUUAGAUAGAUGGAAAUGUACUAUGCAACAUCAUACCAAAGCGGUUAAGCAGCUUUUAUUUAACGUUCUUUUAUUUCCCGAUGGUGGUUGGCUCGUUGAUUCCAAUAAUAAUUCAGAUGAAGUCGAUGUUAAUUCAGAUGAGCCAUCUAUACCGGAAGAAGUAUUAAGGGAACAUCAAUUGAAAAAGUUGCGCGAAUUAUGCAUUCCCAAAAUUGCACUCUUGUUACACACUGUCAUGUCUGAAAUGAACGAACAUGCUGGUUGUAUACAAUUAGCUGAUAUUCUUGCGUGUGAACAAUAUCAAUUGUUUGAAGUAUUCCCUAAGGGACGACUUCGUGAAAUAUUUAAAAAAAUUUGUGAAUCUUCCCUCAUUCUGAUGGAUCAGAAAAAAGAUCCAUGGGGAUAUCCAAAGUAAUGUCUUUGUAAAAUACUAUUGUAAUUUUGUUUAAGAAGAAUUCUCUUUUGUUUUUCUUUUUUUUUUUUUUUAUAUAAAAUCAGUUUAUUGUCAACCACAAGAAGUGAAUAUAAAAUUUGAUACAAUGUUCAAUAAUUUAUAUAAUCAAUACAUUAUAUAUAUAUAUAUAUACCAAAUAAGUACUUAGAUGUUUGUUCAUGUAGUUGCGAAUAAAUAUAGCGCUGUCAGAGAUGCAA